AUGGAAGGCGGGUCGUUCCGGCGUUCAUGGGCCACUCAGUCUCUCCGGGUCACGGCCAAAGAGCUCUCUCUGAGCGGCAAAGGGAAGAGCAGCGCCAUCGCCCAACGUUUCUCCAAGUAUCAAAAAGCUGCAGAGGAAACCGCAGACAAGAAGAAGGCUACCUUCGAUGGCUCGUCCUCUCUGCGCUCCGGGAAUCUGAGUGCUCUGAUGAAGCGCUGGGAGCAGGGAGGGACCAGCACCAGGGCCCCAGCGGCGUCCAGACCUACAGCCAUCCCAGAGAACCCUCCAUCCAGGUCCCAGGACACGAUUGCCCCUAGGACCACCGGAGGCACCAGCACCAGGGCUCCGGCGGCGUCCAGACCUCCAGCCAUCCCAGAGAACCCACCACCAUCCAACACUAGGAUACAGGACAAGUCUGCCACCAGGACUCCCAAGACCCCAGACACGACCGGUCUGAUCCAGGACCAGCCCAAGGCCCUCAUCACGCGACAGAACUCCUCCUCAGCUGAAGCCAAACCAAAGAACGAGGAGCAGCGACCUGAGAAGCUGACGAUGGAGCGCGUCAAGAGGACAAUCAGCGAGGACCAGUCGGAAGACCAGGUCCCCCUCAGCCCCCGGUCGGCCUACGAGAAACCCAGAGUGCCCCUGACCAGCCUCAAGAUGAAGUUUGAGAGAGCUGAGGAGCCGGCGGCCAAGGCCGGCCGCUCCGCUCUGCGCAGCUCUUCCUCCGAUGACAUGAACCACAGCGGGGACUCCUCUAAUCUGAGGGAGAAGAUGGCCAAGUACCAAGCAGCCGUCUCCAAACAAGGACCAAAGCAAACGGGCUCGUCCACAGAAACCGCAGCGGCUCCGAAAACAUCUGCUCCAAAGCUCCACCCGAACUCUGAAUGCAACGGGGGAAAGAUCAACGGUGAUGUGAGUGAGGCUCCUAAAGCUGCCAAAUUCUGCGCCCCGACCCGCGAGACGUGCUACGCCUGUGUGAAGACGGUGUACCCUCUGGAGCGCCUCGCCGUCCUGCACAACGUCUACCACAAGAGCUGCUUCAGAUGUGUGCACUGCAACGCCUGCCUCAGUCUCGGGAACUACGCAUCUCUGCACGGAAACGUCUACUGCAAGCCACACUUCAACCAGCUCUUCAAGGCCAAAGGGAACUACGACGAGGGCUUCGGACACCGGCCCCAUAAGGAGUUGUGGGAGCCCAAAGCAGAGGACGAGAAGGAAGACGAGAAAGAAUCCCAGAAGGAGGCCCCGAAGGAGGCCAAAUCAGCGCAGGCCGACACUUCAAAACCAGCCGCCAGUUCAAUAACCGAGACUUCAAAAUCGUCGGUCAAUCAUGAAAUGUCAACCCAAGACCCCAGCCCAGCUGUGGAGGAGGCUCCCAUCGCCAAAGUCACAGACCUAACUCAACAAUUGGAGAAAAAGCCUCAAGAAAAGACGUCAGAAAAGCCAAUCCCGAGCCGCAGAUUGCACGUCGCCUGGCCUCCCCAGGGAGAAGGUGACGGCUCCAACCCUGUGAAGGAGGAUGGGGUUUCGCUGGGCAAGAAUUUCAAGAAAUGGCCGCCAGAAGACGAGCCGAUUUCGUCUUUCCAGAGCACGGAACGAGCAGAGCUGAAGAGCCUACGCAGGAGUUCCUCGCUGAAGGAGCGCAGCCGGCCAUUUACCCUCAUGAAAAGCUCAGAAUCAGCUUCAGGAGCGAGUUUGAGGCAGCCGCGGCGACCGCUCAAGACCCUGCAGGAGUGGAGGGCAUCGCUGGAGGAGAGGCAGUCUGAGGAAGUGGAGGAGGGCAAGAAGAGGGAGGAGAAAGCAGACGAGGGAUUGGAGACGGUGGUGGAGAAGCAGGAGGAGAAGAAGAAGGUCGAAGUGGAGGUUUCCCAAAGCCAGGAGGAGGUUUCCCAAAGCCAGGAGGAGGAGCCGGAGCUGAGUGCAGAGGACAUCAUCAAGAGGAACCGCUGCUACGACGACGAGUACGAGGACGACGACAUGGUUUAA